UAUGCACAGCCUGGAUCACGAAAAUUAAUAUCCGCCAUAGCGCUGUAGUGUCGUACUUGUAAAACGCAAUCAUAUUGUGCAAGUUUCGAUACAAGUGUACGAUUCAUGAUAAAUCAUGGAUUCGAAUCCCUUCUGAUUUCCUGGAACUGAACGUUUCCUAUUUGGUGAUUUUUAACCAACUGCUGGUCGUAAGACUUUGGCAACCAUGGAAAAACGUUUCUCAUUCUACAACCUUGAACACGAUAACGGUCGCAGAAGUAAGAGUUUAGUGACAGUGGAAGAACUCGUCCAUACACCUGCGCUCAUGGGUAACAUUAACGAUGUUUUCUACGACGAAAAUGGUCCUGCUUUGUUAUCGACAAGUCAAAAAAACUGGAUUGCUGACACAGUACUGCAGCAACUUGUGUCGUUGCAUAAGAGCGCCAUCUCUGGCAUAGAUUUUCGGCCAAAUAAUGUGCUGCUUAGCCGCAACGGAGCCAUAUUGAAUAGACGCGGUCGGAUUCAAUCGCUGGACGAACACGCUGGAAGGGCCCACGACGAAGCGUUGCGAUGGCUGCUCUAUUUAGCACCGGAAGACCUUCGCGGCGACAACGCAGAUGAACGUGCAUCGGAUAUCUGGAGUUUUGGAUGUUUGUGUGUAUACGUUUUUAGUGGGCGAGAUCCACAGUAUUAUCGACGACUACCGAACGGCCAAUCAAGUUUAAUAAAUUGUGAAAGAAAUGCAUUCAUUGCAAUAACGCUUAUGGUUGGGGAUGGAAUCUGUUUUCCAGAAUUUGCCUCAAGCUACCAAAAUAAUUCAAAAAUUGUACCGUCUUUUCUCGGAUCUGUUAAGCUUAUUGCAGGGCAAAGGCCAAGUGCACCCCAGCUGAGAAGGGAUGUCUUGUUGGCCCAUAAGAUAGCUUUGCUUCAGUGCAGGAACACCGACAGUGUAAAUCCCUCUUCCGACAGCUUUACGUGUGAGAGGGGCGUCGUUGCUUUUAACAAUGCCGACACUGUCCUGAAAAAUAGUAAUAUGCAGUACAAGUUUUCGUUGGAGGACUUUAUUGGACGCGGAUCACUUGGCCAGAUAUUCUUAGCAAAAAUUACGCAGCGCGGCAGUUAUACCGGAUCACAAGACGUAGUUGCCGUCAAAAUGAUACAUUCACAAAAUAUAAAACUAGAGAUUUGGAUGGAUAUUGAGAAAAAACUGAGAAACCUUACUACUCUAGUUCAUGAACAUCUGGUAGUUUAUCACAAGGUGUCCAUUGUACAGUACCGUCGUGCAUUGGGAAUCGAGCUAGCGAUGGAUUUCUACAAAGAAAGCCUCGCCUCGACUUUGAGGAACAACAGAGACGACGAAGAUCGUAUGGUUUCUUGGAAAAGCGUGACCCUCCACGCGAAAGACAUAACGCAAGGGCUUGAGUUCCUUCAUAGAAGUGGCAUGGUGCACGGAAACUUAAAGCCAACAAACAUUUUUUUCAGCGUGCCGCAGAAAGGCUAUCAAAAGCUACUUAUCGGUAAUUUGGAGUGCAUAGGCAUGCCACGGCAGAUGCAUCAAUCCUACUCGGGACGCUAUCUAUCACCAGAGAUGAUAAGGCUUUUGCAACCUUUUGAUGAGGCUUUGGCAACCUCAUCAGAAGAGAAGCUGGGACCAGAAGCCGAUAUUUGGAGCCUGGGCUGUAUAAUUUUAGAUAUGGCUGAAUACUGUGGACGUGUCCCCAAAAGGCUUCUCGUAAAAGGUCAGGAUAUUGUGGAUGCGGAUAGCGAACUUGGCAGAUGCCGGUAUCACACGUGGAUCUUCGAAGGCUACGUGCCAUUUGUGGGCGACGCCAUCGACGAAAACUUGGCGGUUCUGAUCCGACAAUGUUUUGAUCCGAAUCCGGCCAGCAGGAUAUCGGCAUCAGCUUUAAUCCUUGAACUAUCACGAACACUUGCACUUCUGUAGAUGGUGACGUUUCCAGCAUCGGUGUGUGACUGGACCCGAUGGAUCCAAUGCUGCAGAUUUCUUUUCCGGUUCAUAUGCGUGCAUUUGUGAGUUCGUAUUUGCUGCAGCGUAACCAUCUAUUGAUACUUCCGUUGUUUCCUUGUAUCUUUUUUUCAGUUCAGUUAGUUGCAUAGGUCUGGUUUGGUAAUGCCAAAAAUACUAUUACUAGUACUAAAUCACUAAGUACGUGGCUGUCUCUCAAGUUUUGUUUGAUAAAUUAUGUUUUAAACGAGAAAACUGGUACGUGUAAUAAAUAUUUCA